AGUUCAGCUGCUCUCUUUUUACUUUGGCGCUAAGGAAUUUGUGUAGUGCGCUCAAGGGGGUUUUGUCGCUGCUGUUGCUGCUUUCCGUUUAUUUAUUUUCUUUCUUUGAACUGGGCCGUGCCCUGCCGCCGCUGGCAUGAUGGCCCAGUCCAAGGCCAACGGCUCGCACUAUGCGCUGACCGCCAUCGGCCUGGGGAUGCUGGUCCUCGGGGUCAUCAUGGCCAUGUGGAACCUGGUACCCGGCUUCAGUGCCGCCGAGAAGCCCACAGCUCAGGGGAACAAGACCGAGACAGGGAGUGGCAUUCUCAAGAGCAAGACCUUCUCCGUGGCCUACGUGCUGGUCGGGGCGGGGGUGACGCUGCUGCUGCUCUCCAUCUGCCUGAGCAUCCGCGACAAGAGGAAGCAGCGGCAAGGCGAGGAGAUGGCGCACAUCCAGCACCAGCCGGGGGCCGAGCCUCGUGCCCAGGAGGAGGACAGCCAGGAGGAGGAGGAGGUCUCCUCAAGGUACUAUGUCCCCAGUUAUGAGGAAGUGAUGAACACUAACUACUCAGAGGCGAGGGAACAGGACCAGAACCCGAGGAUGAGCAUCUCCCUCCCCUCCUAUGAGUCCUUGACGGGGCUUGACGAGACGGGCCCCACGACCACCAGGGCCGAUGUGGAGACCAGCCCGGGGCAUCCACCCGACAGGCAGAACUCCAAGUUGGCCAAACGCCUGAAGCCACUGAAAGUUCGAAGGAUCAAAUCCGAAAAGCUUCACCUCAAAGACUUUAGGAUCAACCUCCCAGACAAAAAUGUCCCUCCUCCCUCCAUUGAGCCUUUGACGCCCCCGCCACAGUACGAUGAAGUCCAGGAGAAGGCCCCCGACACUCGGCCACCAGACUGACGGCCCCCAGGUGUGUUCCCUCCUGUCACUCACCCUCCGCACCAACAGACCCCCCGUGAAGCCACAUCAGCUGCAAGGAGAAUCGGAGGGGCCAGAUGCAUCCUUAGCAGUUUGGAUGGGGGUGGGGGGCUCUGUGACGUGGGAGUGACUGAUGACCGCAGAACCUCGGGUAGCAGGCGCGGGGGACGGAGAUGCUGCCUCGG